AAUUUCUGGGAAAUUGAAAUUGGCAAACUUUUCAAGAGCUAAUUGCAACCGUUAUCUCGAGAAAGUUAAAGUGAAUUUCCGCCUCCAGAAAAUAAGGUCCAGGUCACUCCGAUGAUAUUAUUUAAGCGAGUUGGAAGGUUUCUCGAAUAAUGACCAAUUAAGUAAGUUGUCUCGUAAUUUGACACCCGGAUCGUAAUUGAUACUCGUUUUUGGGAAACAUUGUCUACACAUUUUGGCAUGCCCUUGAUGAGACUCGGACUGUAAUGCAAUCACUCAAACAUGUAUGUGACCUUGAUUCCGAUUUUCUGAUGACCAACCAACCAGCAUAUACGUACACAAGUCCAAAAACAAGUACGAUUAGAUGUAGAUUAAUUAAUUCUGAGAAUGUCGGGGGAAAUUGGACAUAAAAUCCCAUUAAUCUAUUCCAUUAGAGUCUCAAACAUGCCCAAAAACAGGCUUUCGUUUCGGGUGAAAGUAACACCACUUGCAAGAAAUAAUGGCAAGCAAGUAGUUUUUUGCUGGUAUUUUGACCUGCAAAAAAUGCAAGGCGCAAGAAAUGAGGCCGCGCCGCUAUACACAUGGCGCACAUUUUGCGCUUCUAACUUCCAAGAAAUGUAGCAGACCCGCAAAAAACGAAACACAUACAGGGAUUCAAAACCCCAAGAAACUUUCCAUGUUUAAAAUAAAAUCCGGAAUUAAUACGAUGCAAACAUGUAAUACGACCCAUCGUUUACAAAGUGAAAGCAGUGAAAAGUUAAAAGUUAAAAAAAGUCUCAAAACUGUCCAAGUUACAAGAAUGAAAAUGUGUGCCUUUUUCCCUCCGAGUUUGAGACCAGAGUUACUGGACUGGAUCAGAGUUAAAAAUGAGCCCAGCGAGACGAGGUUUCAGUCGGUGGCAGGAAAUCGGGCGAUGCGGGUCGACACGAAACUUUCUCCUCAAACUCUCAUCCAACCAACUUUCGUGGUGAGCAACUGACUGACAUGGACCUCGAGAUCCGCUACGAAUCGUAUCGCUAAACCCACUCCUCGCAGAACCAGAUCCCGUCGCGAGUAAAUAAUACGGUUUACUCUACGAGAAUGUUUUACGUUUUAUUAUUAAACUCAAAUUUCGAACCUUGCCAAGUUUUUCGGGGUAUAAACCUUUCUUCUUGCCAAAAUAAAGUAUCGUCGAAUAAGUGAAAUUAAGUGAAAAUAACAAUUAUUUACCAUGAUAAGAAUCAGUGCGCAAGAAAAAAAUGUUCUGAGAACGAGUAACGUGACCCUGAUGCUACAAAAACCACGACAUAAAAACUAUGCAGAAAGUACCCGGGCGAAAAAACCUUGAACCGAUAAACACAAUUAUUUCCACAGACUGCACAAAUCUGGAGGACAAAAUUUUGGGGAAAAUAAUUUAUUUUUAGUUUGGGUGAAAGUAUAUCAAGUUUCUGCAUGCCGUUGCAUGAAAUGGACUUCUCUUCUUCUUCCACGCGUCGAAAUGGACAACUCGCGGACACGAUUCCCACGAGAUUUUCAUCCUCCUUCUCCCAGUGGAAAUAGCUCCAGGUUUACUCCGGCGACAAGCAAAAUGUCCUCGUCCUCGUCGUCCCCGUCUCACUCGGAUUUUGGGCUGAGAGGCCCCAAGACGCCCUGGGUGUGUCCCAACGACAGGCAGCUCGCCCUCAGAGCUAAGCUGCGGACCGGUUGGUCAGUGAAGACGAGUCAGUUCAACACGUACCCGAAGCCGCAACCGUUGACGGAAUCGGAACAGCAGAUGAUCAUUUCUGUCGUGAAGAAGGCGGAAGAGUUGGAUCUCAAUGAGCAGAAGAGGGUCGGGAAGUUGGUGGACCGUUUGGAGUCCUUGAAGAGGUUGGCGAGCGGGAAUGGUGUCACGGAGUGCAUCCUGUGCGGAGACUCGUUCGGCCUCUCCGUCUUCGGCAGGUCCAACUAUCGAUGCUUCGACUGCAAAAAGGCCGUCUGCCGGAAAUGCGUGGUUGAGUUAUCCACUUCUUGCGGUAUCGGUAAUGCCGGUGGUGGAAGUCCAGGUCCAGGUUCUUCAAAAGACGGGAUGGUUCGCCUGUGCAAAAUUUGUUCGGAGAAUCGAGAACUGAUCAAGCGAAGUGGAGCUUGGUUUUACAAGGGCGUUCCAAAGUACAUCCUCCCCGAGAAGAAGAACCACAUGUACCGAAACAACUACGAGAUGUCGUCCUCCUCCUCCACGAUGGCGAACUCGGGGGACGAGCAACGCUACAUGUCCCGCUACCUGAACUCGUACCAUGCCAUCAACAACUCGACCGGAAGUACGAACGCUACCACGACGAGCAGCAGCAGUGCGGGUAGUGGUAGCAGUAAAAGAAUGGGCGUCCUCUGGUCACGCAGUCUUCGGUCGCAGUCCGAAUGUGAGAAUGACUCCUCCUCGGGAGAUGAGACGAUCAAAGGGCAGAAUGAAACCGGGGGUCGAGUUCCUUCCAGCAGUAGCAAAUUUACAUUUCGGCGAUUCAACAAUUCCACGGAUAAACUUGGCGGAGGUGGUGGUGGUGGCGGUGGAUCUACGAAUUCAGCCUCCACCCCGUCCCCCUCGCCCCUUUUGGGAUCGAAUAAUGGGUCGAAAUCCCCCUCGCAAAAGUUCCACCCAAGUCCAGGGAGUGGAAAUGGGAACGGCGGUGGGAAUGGUGGUGGUGAUCUCCUCUUUGAAAAUGCGUCCGACGCCUCGACCUCGAACAGUGAUGGCGGCGGUGGCGGUGACAGUGGCGGACGUCAAAGAAAUCGCUGCUCCUCGUUUUCCGAACGAUUCCUUGCGACGGACCCGAUCCCAUUUUCUUCCUCCUCCUGCUCAACUAAUCAAAUGGAUCAAACGACGACAGGUUGUGACAAUACGUCUCCACGGUCAUUUACCGAAUCUGGGACGGGGUGUGCUUUAAUAAAUAAUGGGGGUGGAAACGGUGGUGAAGUCAUGAGCAGCCAAAGUGACCCUGAAGGUCAAGGUAUUUACGGAAGUUUGCAGAUUACUCUCUUGUACGAUGAUACUCAUCAAGCUUUGCACUGCACGGUGCAUGAUGCAAAGGGCCUCACCCCGAUGGACAUUGACGACUUGGCGGAUGCAUAUUGCCUCCUGAAAUUGAUUCCUGCCCGAUUCCAGGGAGGACACCAUCGAACGAAAACGGUUCAUAAAACGCUCAACCCAAUAUUUAAUGAGACUGUUACGUUCUACGGCCUUCCCCUCAACCAGUUGGCGUGGCAAACCUUACAAAUUAAUGUCAUUGACGAUGACAGAUGGGCGAGAGAUUGUUUGGGAUUUGCUUCAAUCCCUCUGCACCGAAUUAGGCCUCAGCAGACCCGCUCCUUCAACCUUCUUCUGGAGAGUGGAAAACUGAUCUCGACCGAGGACAAGGAGUGGGGACGACUGCUCUUGUCGCUGAGCUACCUCAGUGAGAAAAACACCCUCUGCGUGGGCCUCGUCCAGGCGACGGACCUUCCCACGUGGCGGAAUCUCAAUAGUUCCUCCUCCCCCCGUGGCAGUGGUGGCGGCAGUGACCCCUUCGUCAAAGUAAGGCUUGUUCAUGACACGAAUCUCGGCCAAGUUUCGGCCUCCUUCAACCCGUCGAGUCGCAAGUACAAGGCAGCCGUCAAGUGGUCACACCCCGACCAUCUUUUGGACGACUUUAACUUCAAAGUCUCUAUCCUGGACCUGCCUCGUUUGGCCCUCGUCAUCUCAAUGUGGGACGGGAAACAGGGCGAGUACUUGGGUGGUCUCGUCCUGAGUUACUCGUCGAAAGGUGACCGCCUCAAACACUGGUCGGACAUGCUGCACCUACCCAACACGAAGCACACCCAGUGGCACGCCCUCAGCCCCCUCCAAAUCCCAGCCGCCGCCAUGUGAAUGAGGAAUGGAUGGAAAUUAAAACCAAAUGUGAUAAGUACAACGGAGAGAAGAAACAGAUUGGAUACCUGAUAUUAAUUCGAUAGAGAUGACCCUUGACCUCCCAUAAUAAUUCGUGAUAUGAUUCUGUAUUAUUAUACUCGCUCGAGAAAUUAAAUAGUUUUACUCAAAACUUAUGUAAAUUGACCCUUGACUUGGAGGGAAGAAGACAUCAAUUUAAUUCUUACGUACAUAAAAAAGGACGAUAAAAAAGUGUAAUUGUUAUAAAUGUAUGUAUUCCGUUCGUGGAGACAUUCAGUAUUUUUUGCUUAACUUCUUGAAUUCCACUUGUAUGCCUGAGUAAAAAAAACAGAUUAUCUGGAAACGUCGACUUGUUUGUCGUUCGAUGAGAGAGAGAAAGACAGAAUAUUACAUAAUGAAUAAAUAAAAUAAAUAUUGAUGCUGAUUA